UGGUGCAAUAUAAAAGAGGUGCAUAAUCCUAUUUACAGGGGGGAGGCCAUCACUAAUCCUUAUUUCUUUCACACAAUAUUCACCGACCAAACUGUUGUUUGCCCUGUGAACGAUUUUCUAACCUGCUGUGAAAAUCAUUCACUCUACCACCAAAUGCCUACCUCUAUUUCCCAACCUACAAACCAAUAAACAACAACAACAACAACCUUCACUAAAAAAAGCCAUCUCUGACACUGUAACAUUGAAACUCCAUGUUCAUUGAAGUCCAUAAUCAGGAAAAAGAAGCAGAGGAAGAACAAAGGUGAAUCGGUCUCCCUCAAACGUUGCAAUAAGCUUGCCGACAACCACAAACAUCCGAAUCCGCCGCGUAGGCUCAUCAGAUCCACGUUGCCGAAACUCACACCUCCGACCCUUCAAUCUGCAACGACCACCGUGAACAUCUCCGCCCUCAACCUCCGUUCGAGAAUCCUUCACGCAACAACAACAACACUCUUCACACCAAAUCAUCAACUAAGGUAUGAGCCAACACAAUAUAACUUGUACAUGUUUUUUUUUUGAUUUUUUGUUCUUACAGGAAAAUAGAGAAACUUGAAAGAAACAAUGAUAAAGAGGGAGAGAUAACCCGGAUCUACAAAGCAGCAUCCGCGAGCCACCGCGUUGCACCACUCUCCGCCGGAAACGUGCCGACGAGUUCCAUUCACUAUGAACCACAACGCCCCGAUCUACCUCCGCCGUCAAACUGUUUUCAUCCUCUUUGCAAGACCGUCAGUAUGUUUUCUCUUGAUUUCUUUGUUACUCUAAAAAACUGAGUUAAAAGAGAUGUGUAUGGAUUCUUUGUUUUGGAUCUGCAAUUCAUAAAAGGAAAGUUGAGUUUUCUGUUUUUAUUUUUCUUUUUUUGAAAAUGUUUGAAUUGAUUUCGUGGGGAUAACAGAGAGUAUGCUUUUCGGUAUUAAUUUUCUAUAAAAAACAGUUCAACAUGUGAGAAGGAUAAAAUAAUACAUCUUUAUUUUCGGUUUACUUUUUAUGGUUUUUUAUUGCUUUGAAUGAUAGUCCAACGUGUACCAUUGCUGGUGUGAUUUUAAGGAUAAAAAUGGAUUGUCGUUAUGAUUUCUAGGUAAGUUUCAUCUACAUGUAUAUUAUCAUAUAUUAAGUUGUCAAUUGAAUCUAAAGUGAGCAAUAUAAUGGUAGGCUGAAUUCUAAACACUAACAUGAUCUUUUUAUUUAGAGAAAAGAUACACAUGUUAUGUUAAAAUUAAUUUAGGAUAGUUUCUUUGUUUUCAUUAACCAUUAAUUAAUUAAAAUAAUAUUAAUUCAAAUAAACUUAUUUUGCUAAAUGGUUUUAACCAAAUCUAUUGGUUACGAUGAUUAGCAUUUCCCCUUUAAAAAUUCGUUAUUAUUUUUAAUCAAAGCUAUUGAUUAUGAGGGAUAACGAUAAAAUUAAAUGAUUAAAACACAUCAAUUUGCUAACGGUGAUAAUCGAAUCAAUCGAUUAGAAUAAUUAGACGGUGAUAAUCGAAUCAAUCGAUUAGAAUAAUUAGCAAUGCUUUUAUUAAUCUGUUAAUUAUGGUGAUCAAACCUAUUGAUCAUCGCGAUUAAUAGUACAAAUUAAAAUCAGGGUUGUACGCCCAAAACACCUAAAACACACUAAACCACGAUACUACGGAUUUUUAUCCAUUCAACUGCGAUUUUCAAAUCAAAACUUCUAAAACUACGAUAGGCCAUUCAAAAAGCCUCCAAACAAUUUCAAAUACAUUCAUAAUCAAUUCUAAAGGCGUACAAUCCUGUGCCCGAACUACGUAGACUCUGAUCCUCCAUAAGGAGGUACGUAGGCACUUGGCAACAAGGCGAGUCCCCUUCCUUCUAAAUCUCAUUUUUCCCGAUUUAUUUCCCUUAAUUAUUUAACCCUCGAAAGCAUAAACCUUACCUUAAUACUCUUAGCCAUAAAAUUGUUGACCUUAGAUUCAAAGCCAUAGGAAAGGGUUGAGGGUGCCUAACACCUUCCCUCGACCUGAAUAUAGUAUCUUACCCUGAUCUCUAUACUGCGUAGGAUUUCCUAUUCGCCCUUCAGAAUAGGUGGCGACUCUAAAAGCUAAAUUUUUAGGGCAGGUUGCUACAGCUGGCGACUCUGCUGGGGAUAACUUAAAUGGUGAAUUACUAUACUCCUAUAGAUUUUGGUAGGGUUUAGGUUUGUGGCGAACUAUUUAGGUUUUUGGCGAUUUCUUUUUAGGGUUUGGCUAAUUAGCCAUUUUAGGGUUUAUUUAUUUUUGUAAAUAUUUAAAUUUUAUUUAUUUAUUUAUUUUCCUUUUCAAUUUCAUUACUGCGAUUUAAUUAAAUAUUUAUUUAAGUGAAUAUUUAUUUCUAUUAUAUUUGCUGGUGUUUUUUUAUGUUGUGUUAAACCCUAAGUGUGGGAGUUAACUUUGAGAUCAAUAGGGGAGUAUGAAUCGCCUACGAGUCUCAUUGAUAACUCCACUCGGAGUGGGUUGAGUAUUCGGAAAUGUCCAAAACGAGGCUUGACUUUGUUGAGGGCAGGACUGGAUACUUGGCUGAUCUCUCCGAGAACCUACCCCAAAAAUUCGAACCUCAUGGAUAAAAUGAGUCGUUCUAAAAUCCGAAGAGACAAAAAGUCUCGGAGGCUACGAACGACCCCAUGAGACCUUCUAGAACCCCCUAUUAAAAGGUUGGCUCCCAAGAGCCGCUACGUCGGACCUAUGAACCUAGGACUUUUGUGCUUAUGUACUUAUUAUAUGUUUGCAAUUUAUAUGCUUCAAGUAUCUAUGCGUUUCAAUUUUGCAGGUACCCCUACGUAUUCCCUAGCCUAUAGGGAUCCUAUUCUUAAAAUCGUGUCCUUCGUACGAAGGACACCUUUGUUAGCAUACGUCGAUUGGCCUCUCGAUGGCCAUGAGAUCUAAUGAUUGUCUCGAACGGUCACCCCAUGCUUACUCCUACGCACUCCCUAGCCCGUAGGGAUUUUCCUUUUACAUCUUUGUAUUUUUACACCCACGUGUCCUUCCCACGAAGGACAUCUUCAUUAACGCAUGUCGAUUGGACUCUCGAUGGCCAUGAGAUCUAGUGACUGUCUAGAACGGUCAUCCCGUGCUUAUUCCCGUAUACCUCUAACUUGUAGGGUUUGGAUAUCCGUUUAUACAUCUUUCAUCCCUACCCUGUAGGGAUUUCUCUUCACUCGAUAUCGUCCUUAGAUAGGAUGCGUUCCACAUAGAGAACCUUCCCACGAGGGACAGUUUCGUAAGUACACGUCGAACGACCUCUCGAAGGUCAUGAGACUUGGUGACCGUCUUGAACGGUCAUCAGCUGCUACUUCCCACGCACUUCCUAAUCUAUUCCCAUUAACGUGUCAUAAUAUCUAGCUCGCAAAUGUUUCAUUAGACUCUAAUGUCAUCCCUAAACCCGCAUAGGCUAUCCUUAGGAUUGUAUCUAACGCACGUCCGCGUUGCAUUACAUACAAGGAGUCAUAACAUACAAAUAAUAAAGGAGUCCUUUGCAUACGCAUGCAUUUGCAUUUUCAUGCAUCCAUACAUUCAUUUACAUCUACAUUUGCAUUUCUAUCUUCACCCGCAUCCGCACCUACCGCGCUAGCCGAUUUCCCGAGACUCACAAAAAAAAAUAAUAAAAAGGAUUGUAGACUAUGGAGAAAGGAGGAUAAAUUUUCGAGAACGAACUUGGUCUCACAAGGAGGAAAAAGGAUGUCUUUCACCAUGCCAGACGCAUGCCCACGCCUUGUCGUAACAGGAUUGUGAAUGCAACAAAGGUUAUUGUCGAGCAAGGAUUAGUUCAACAACGAAAUUCCCUCAUAGAUACACUCAAGGGGUAUCUAGUCAUAAGGGGGUUCAUCUACGAACAUAGCAAACUCACAAGGACGCUCUACGAUAACCUGGGGGCAAGGGUUAGUCCAACUGGGGCAACACCCUGAACGAAGAUGCUUAACUACGAUGGAGGGAAAACGACAUAUGUUAACUCCCCACCAAGGGGCAAAAAGGUCAUGUGUUUUCUAUAUCAAUCUACAAACUCUGAAGAUUGCAAAUGGUGUGAUAUUAUCCUUAGGAAAAAGCAAAAGAGGUUAAGUCAAAGGAAACUCGUGAAGUUCCGAUACGACGAAAACCCACCGCUAACAAUUCAUUCCCGACAGAUUCGACGUGCCCAAGGAGAAUUCGAGAUUACCCUUCACUCCUACAAUUCCACGAACUAAGGAGUAGGAUAUGGUCAACAGACUUACAAAGGAGAUUGCCCUCAGGAUUAAUAGGUCUAUCCUUCAAGUUGUAACUCCUACGAUCACAAAAUGCUAUUUGAUGUAAAACGUUGUAUCUUUCGAACAGUAAUUCAAUAAAAUAAUCAUGCAUGUUUGAAAUCAAUUCAUUCGCUUCAUUCGCUCACUACUACGAUUUUCUACUCACACCCCUCUAUUCCAUUUCAAUUUCAACUUUCAAUUAUUAACAAACUUGAGGGAGAAUGACGAAUACAAAUAACUAAGUCUCGCUAAACAUAUGCUUUCGAAGUAAGACCGAACCGAGGAUGUACAGGCAUUGUUUCAAUUCCCAAACAGUGGAGAUAUAAGGAUGUUAAUCCCUCGUUACCCCCUCGAGCCAGGAGUUGGAGUUUGUUUCGACUUUUUCAAUUAAACCUUGAUGUCAACCCGGGGCAGGGUAGAUUUCGAUUAAUUCAACGAUGUACUUUGGUUGUCAAGAGAAUCAAUCAAUCCAAGCGAGGAUUCAAGCAAAAGUUCAAACAUAAGGAUCAAGCAAAGUUCCAAGCACAUCUUCUUCCUCAAUACAUCAUCCAAGAUCGAGGACAUAUCUAAGCCGAAGCUUGCAAAUCCAAACCAUCAUGGCAGUCACAAUAUUCAAUAUCCAAGGAUCAAAUCUCAAAAGGAGCAUUCAAAAGAAAAACGCCCGCUAAGUCAAAAUGGAAAAUUCCAUGAAAACAAACCAAAUGACUUAGGCAAAAUUUAGGGCAUCCCGAUGGAUCAAAUUCAAAGGAAUUGGUUCAUGCAAAAAUAAGGGAUAAAAACAAAACAAAGAAAAAAUACAAAGCACAAUCUUGUGACUGCUAAAUCAUGGAAGCUUCUCAUAAAUGCUUGGAUCUCUACAACAUUUUCAUCAAUGCUUGCAUCUAUACUAAGGCUUUUUGCUCAACAUCAAAAACUGAAACGACUCUCUUACAAACAAAGCACAUUCAUUGGAUUAGGCGAAUUUUUAGGACUUGGAGAACAUCAAGGAGAAAUGGGUGGGUUAAAUAAAAUUUUGAGCCUUAUAUCUAUUGUUUUUUUAAAAACAUGAACCAGGCCAAGUUACAACAUUUAAAAGUCCUAAUUGAGGCAAGGUCAACUACAAAAGCAUAUUAAGCAGGAUUUUGUUAUACUGACUCCUAGGUUUGUUAAAACUAUUGCUAAUCACUACGCUUCUUCAAACAUUCAUUUCUAAUCAUUCAGUCUUAAUUCAUGCCGGACCUCGAUUUCAAAACUUGCAUUCGCAUUACAUUAGAAUUACUUUUCGAAGGAUACAACGCCAUUUAUGAAUAUACACUUAGCACAAAGGCGAUCAUUUCUGAUAAAGACUCUUGAAUGGGGAAACCACGUCCAGAGGGUUUUCCUAAACAGGGGCAUACAACCAAACAUCCUAUUAACUAGGGGCAUUCUUCCUAAGGUCCAAUCGACCUGGGUCACAUCUCGAAGCAAUUACAAACAGGGACAUGUCAAACAUGGGAGGAAUUCAAAUACAAAGGAUAGAACACUAUGGAUAGUCCUCCAUAUCCUGGAGAUCAAGGGCAUACCCUUCAAUUCAAACGUCGAAACAUAUGACAAGGCUAUUUCCUGGGGCACUUCCCUCAUAAGCAUCUUUUUCCACAAAAAUACUGGGGCAAUGGAUAUCAAAUCCGUAAGACGUACAACAAAAGGAAAAUGCGUCUUCAUACUUUGCAACCCCGAAUCAAUCUUUCUCCUAACUACGAUCUGCAAAAAAAAGGUAUUGGAAAAUCGUGCUAGCAUCCAACAACCUUACAACAUUAGCAAACUAUAUCCGCUUGGUUAUCAAUAACCUAUCAGUGGGGCAUCAUGCAAAUACAUAAAUCAUGCAUUACAUACAUUGGUCGAUACAUUACACCAUACCUUUUCAGGUAGUCUUCUGUAAGACAUUUCCAUCCUAAAUAGUCUUUUCUAAGACAUUCAUUAGUCUUUCCAAAAACCUUUUAGGUAGUCUUUUAAGGAUAUUAUUUUUUAGCCUUUCCAGGUAGUUUUCUUCAAGACGUUCUUUUUCUAAGCACCUUUUCAGGUAGUCUUCUUCAAGACAUUCCUUUUCUAAGUACCUUUUGAGGUAGUCUUCUUCAAGACAUUCUUUUUCUAAAAACCUUUCCAGGUAGUCUUCCUUAAGACAUUCUUUUUCCAAAGAACCUUUCUGGGUGGUCUUCUCUAAGACAAUUAUCGCCAGUUCUAAGAACCUCUUUAGGUAGUCUUUUAAGACAUUUUUUCAGCCUUUCCAAGUAGUCCUCUUUAAAGACAAAUUGCUAUCAUUUCUAAAAAUCUUUUCAGAUAGUCCUCUUUAAGACAAAAUUUUCAUAUCCAUUCCAGAAACCUUUUUAGGUAACCUUAUAAAAGACACCACUUCAUUCCAAUCAUUACAUCAAUCAACAUAUGCAUGAGCAUAAGCAUUAUUCCGUACAUCAAAACAUCCAAUUCAAAACGCUGGUGCUAAGCUACAUUGUCCGCAUGCUUUCCGGUAACCUUACCGAUGACAGUAACCUUACUGUUGGCUUAUUUCCAAUCACCUGAUUGAUGCUUCCCGGUAACCUUACCGAUGCCAGUAACCUUACUGAGAUAUUCUUUCCAAUCACCUGAUUGAUGCUUCCCGGUAACCUUACCAAUGCCAGUAACCUUACUAAGAUAUUCUUUCCAAUCACCUGAUUGGUGCUUCCGGUAACCUUACCGAUGCCAGUAACCUUACCGAUGAUAGCAACCUUGUUGUUCAUUUCAGUAUACAUACAUACGCAUUAGCAUACACAUAUCAUAUAGUGCAUUCGCAUACUACAAAAAGUUUUCCGACCCUCGAGUCGUGAGUUUCCAACCCUCGUGUUGUGGUAGGCGUGUUUUCCGACCCUCGAGUCGUGAGUGUCCGACCCUCGAGUCGUGAGUUUCUAAACAUACCGUUUCCUUCCCAACCCUUGAGUCGUGAAUAUUUGACAUGCUAUUUUCUCCGACCCUCGAGUCGUGAGUCUCCAAACAGGUUAAUCUUUUUCAUGCAGGUAAGUUUGCUAGAACUAUAGCAAACAAUCUCCUAUGCAGGUAAACUUGUCCGAACCGAGGCAAGUGGAUCCCAUGGGUGCAGGUGAGCUUGAUCCCUUUGGGAUUAGUCAAAACUACGAUAGUAAGCAGGUAUGGCUAACUGCGACGACUUACUAGAACUAUAGUAAGUGGGUCAUACCAUCUACGAUAAGCUUACUCAAACUACGAUAGCAAGCAGGUAUGGCUAACUGCGACGACUUACUAGAACAAUAGUAAGUGGGCCACACCAUCUACGAUAAGCUUGCUCCAACUACGAUAGUGAGCAGGUACGGUCAACCGCGACGACUUACUGAAUAGUAAGUGGACCUUACCAUCUACGAUAAACUCACUCCAACUACGAUAGUAAGCAGGUAUGGCUAACUGCGACGACUUACUAGACCAAUAGUAAGUGGGCCCUACCAUCUACGAUAAGCUUACUCCAACUACGAUAGUAAGUAGGUGUGACCGACCGCGACAACUUACCCGAACUAUGGUAAGUGAGCCACACCAUCUGCGACAAACUUACUCAAACUACGAUAGGGAGUGGGUAUACCAACCGCGACGACUUACUAGAACUAUAGUAAGUGGGUUACCUACGAACUGCAAACCCUCUAGCACUACAGCAAGUUAAUUAUCUUCUACACAACAUUCAUCACGUUAGUCCCUUGGCAGUGAUCUCUGUAACGCCCCAGACUGCUUUCGGGAUGAUCGACUGACCCCACAAACCAACACAGGUCUGUUCAGCAUGCUUUGACCUCACUCGCACGCUUUCCGGGAAACUUCCCAGAAGGUCACCCAUCCCAAUACUACUCCAAGUCAAGCACGCUUAACUGUGGAGUUCUUACGGAACGGGCUCCCGAAAAGAAGAUGCAUCUUGUUGGUAUAGGUAGUACCUAUCAAUCCUUAUAAGCUUUCCUUCAACCAUGCAGUCUCAUACCUGCACAGCUUCAGGAUCCCUCUCAUUCCGAUGUGGCGACCACCCUUGCCCCUUUCGGCCUCAGGUGUUCCAUGCGGUGCAACCACCACUCGCCUUCUUUGGCCUCGGGUGUUACAUGCCCACCAGCUUCCGCAUGGUUCGUCCUCGAACCACAUCGUACUGGGAGAGGUCUGGCUCUGAUACCAUUUGUAACGCCCCAGACUGCUUUCGGGAUGAUCGACUGACCCCACAAACCAACACAGGUCUGUUCAGCAUGCUUUGACCUCACUCGCACGCUUUCCGGGAAACUUCCCAGAAGGUCACCCAUCCCAAUACUACUCCAAGUCAAGCACGCUUAACUGUGGAGUUCUUACGGAACGGGCUCCCGAAAAGAAGAUGCAUCUUGUUGGUAUAGGUAGUACCUAUCAAUCCUUAUAAGCUUUCCUUCAACCAUGCAGUCUCAUACCUGCACAGCUUCAGGAUCCCUCUCAUUCCGAUGUGGCGACCACCCUUGCCCCUUUCGGCCUCAGGUGUUCCAUGCGGUGCAACCACCACUCGCCUUCUUUGGCCUCGGGUGUUACAAUCUCCUUCAAAUCAUCUCGCUGAUUAAUAUCACGUUAGUCCCCUGGCAGUGAUAUAAAGCUACGUCUCUUUGCAAAUAGGGAUCUAUUUUCCUGAUCACAAGGUUUCUCAAACAGUUCUUCAAUUGGGUUUAUCACGUUAGUCCCUCGGCAGUGAUCUUCUUCAAAAUAUCAUCAAUAACAAACAAGGUUCUAUUUUCUUUUCCAAAGUUACUAACUGCAACUAACAUAACUAACAAUCAUGCAUCAUUCAACUAACAUACCUCAUUCAUACAUAGUGCAUAUACAUACAUCACUCUCAUUUAUUUUGAGAGACUCAUUGCAUCAUACAUUGCAUGCAUCAUAACAUUGCAUAAAUUUCAGGUUGCCUUUUUAGGCUAUGCUACAAUCAAAAUCACCUGGUUCCUUCCAAAAGGUGUUUGCUCCACACUCUGAAAAAUGGUAUUCACCGCGGGUGGCAUCUUCAAGCCCAUCUCCCACAGCACUUUUGCCUAACAAAUGCAAAUUUUAGGGCACUUCAGUGUUCAAUCAUCUUCUACCUUUAGAUCACGAUAGGCAGACGUGCCUAUCUGACUCUUCAGGUUUAAGAAGAUUGAACAGGGGCAGCUGUUGUACCCCAAAAUUUGCCCGAUCAAAUCUACGUCUGUUAAAUCAUCAAGGGUUAGAAUUGAGAGCCAUGGGGUUUGACAUUCCUAUUGUCAAACCUGCCCUAUUAUAAAAUAUCCCGAGAAAUAAAUGGGGUGCGAUUAACAGGCGUUUCAAGGGUUUCAUCAUUUGUUAAUAUUUCUUUUCCUUUUACUAACAUUUGCAUCUUUUUGGAUUAUUAUUAGUAAUUUUUAUUACUUCUAACUAUUAGUAUUUAAUAUUAUUAAUUUUAUUAUUAAUAUUAAUAUUAAUAUUAGGUGAUAUUAUUAUUAAUAUUAUCUAGUAUUAUAGAAUUUGUAUAUGUUAUUACUAACUAUUAUUAUUCUUACUAAUUUUAAUUAUUAGGAGUUUUUUUAUUAUUAUUAUGUUAUUUGGGCAAUAGGCCCAUUAGGAAUAAAAAUAAAACCUAAUUGGUGCAAUAUAAAAGAGGUGCAUAAUCCUAUUCACAGGGGGGGAGGUCAUCACUAAUCCUUAUUUCUUUCACACAAUAUUCACCGACCAAACUGUUGUUUGCCCUGUGAACGAUUUUCUAACCUGCUGUGAAAAUCAUUCACUCUACCACCAAAUGCCUACCUCUAUUUCCUAACCUACAAACCAAUAAACAACAACAACAACCUUCACUAAAAAAAGCCAUCUUUGACACUGUAACAUUGAAACUCCAUGUUCAUUGAAGUCCACAAUCAGGAAAAAGAAGCAGAGGAAGAACAAAGGUGAAUCGGUCUCCCUCAAACGUUGCAAUAAGCUUGCCGACAACCACAAACAUCCGAAUCCGCCGCGUAGGCUCAUCAGAUCCACGUUGCCGAAACUCACACCUCCGACCCUUCAAUCCGCAACGACCACCGUGAACAUCUCCGCCCUCAACCUCCGUUCGAGAAUCCUUCACACAACAACAUCAACACUCUUCACACCAAAUCAUCAACUAAGGUAUGAGCCAACACAAUAUAACUUGUACAUGUUUUUUUUUGAUUUUUUAUUCUUACAGGAAAAUAGAGAAACUUGAAAGAAACAAUGAUAAAGAGGGAGAGAGAACCCGGAUCUACAAAGCAGCAUCCGCGAGCCACCGCGUUGCACCACUCUCCGCCGGAAACGUGCCGACGAGUUCCAUUCACUAUGAACCACAACGCCCCGAUCUACCUCCGCCGUCAAACUGUUUUCAUCCUCUUUGCAAGACCGUCGAUGGAACUUUGAAAGGAGGUAUAAAUCAAGAAGGUAUCAACUUCUACAACAACUUGAUCAAUGAAUUACUCAAAAAUGGUAUUGAACCUUUUGUGGGUAUCAUGCACUUUGACUAUCCAUUAGCCCUUAAACAAAAGCAUGGUGGCUUUUUAAAUCGCUCCAUUGUUAAAUAUUACAAGGAUUAUAGUGAGCUCUUAUUCAAAACACAUGGAGAUCGAGUGAAACAUUGGACUACAAUCAACGAGGCAGAGUUCACAGCUAUAGUUCAAUACAUGUUCAAUAUUGAUAAUAUAUCUUCUGAUCAGACCUGCAUAAAUACGAAAAUAUGUACAAAGACAUAUACUCUAGUUCAUAACUUCCUUCGGGUCCAUGCUAUAACAUCAAAGCUAUACACAACAAAAUUCCAAGCAAUACAAAGGGGAGAAAUUGGACUUGUUAUUUCAUCAGGAAGAUAUGUUCCUUAUAGUUCUAAUCCAGAAGAUGUGGUUGUUGCUCAACGACUAAUGGAUUUCUAUUGGGGAUGGAUUUUAGAUCUAGUGUUUCAUGGAGAUUAUCCAAGAAUAAUGAAAGAGUUGGUGGGAAUUAGGCUACCAAAAUUCACUAAAAAGGAGAAACAUAUGUUAAAAGGAAGCACAAAUUUUAUUGGGAUCAAUUAUUAUACUUCUCACUUUGUUAGACAUGAAUCAAACCGAACUAAGAUUAUGGCCGACAAUUAUGAUGCUUUAGCAGUUUCAGAAGAUUCCAAUGCAGAAGGAAAAAUUCUUGGUUUCAAGGAUCAAUAUGGUUGGAGCAAUGUCUAUUCCGAAGGAUUAUAUAAUUUCCUAAUCUACAUUAAGGAAAAGUACAAAAAUCCGAAAGUCUACAUCACUGAAAAUGGUAUUGCUUCUUCAAAAAUCUCAAAUCCAUUGAAGGACGAACACCGAAUUGCAUAUGUUGCCGCACAUUUAAAUGUUACCAAGACAGCAAUUAAUUCCCUCUGUAAGAACGCAAAAUACAAUACUUGCACAUUUUAUGGAUGCGCGUUCUUGCUCCAAGUAUGGGGUUGGUGGAGAGUGCCCACACUAGCCCCUGCAAGCAACGACCUCUACAUGUUUCCUUACGCAACAGAAUUCUAUGUUAAAGGGAUGGAUUACAGUAAGAACCUGAGGAGAAAUAUCGUACUGUAUUGAUAAUUUUUGGAUCACCUACGACUGGAGGGUGUAUUACCACUAAACUUUUUAAGAAUCAUAUUUGUAAUAUCAACCAUUUUUCAAAUAAUAUAUUGUAUCCUUUUUUCCUAUGCAGUUUUAUUGGAGACGAUAUAUGGGUCUACAGCAUGAGCCGUACCCUGACGAAGAAGCUGUUUGGACUGCGACAACACCUAUCAUAAGGUUCAACAUUGUGGAGAUGCACCAAAGUGACAGUGUGAAACUCUAGUUUGGCAUGCGUCAAGAAAUCCUGGCUCUCCCGACAUCUUUGGGUGAAUGACAUCUUAAAAGACUGAAUCACCAAUGGAAUGUUUAAAAUUUAAAAGAAUGCACACCCAAAUUUUAUCAGAUGUGGAAGGACCGUCACCGGUUUUUUCUCCGGUUCCCCGUUGCCCCAUUUCCAAUGAAACCAACCGAAGAAUACAUGAGUUGGUAUAUAUUGGUUACCUCCCUUGAAGUGUAUAUGUUCGACUGGUACUAUUUACACGACCCCCGCCAACAAAUAUACAACCAACAACCACCCCAAAACCGACAAUAAUGCCAAUAAAGCCAACACCAAACUCAGUACCAAGAACAAUACCAACACCAUCAUCAAUAUCAACAUCAAUAUCAAUACCCUUACCAAGCAGAUUAUCAAACUCCAUACCAACAACAAAGUCAAUACACCCAACCCCAUGAGGCGGACCCCUCCACAUCCCAACCUAGCCCCGACUUGGGCCCACCUAAGGAAUACGAUCCAAGGGAUCCAAUAAUCCUGCAAUCGUCACUUUACUGUAGCAUCCAAAAACAAAAAUAUGGUACACCACACCCCAAGCAACAAUGCCUUUUUACCAAGGCAAUUCAAAUGCAGAGUGCUACCAACCAUAUAUGGCUACCCCACUACCACAACAAAACUUUGAUGGCAUGGGGAACCAACACUUUGACAGCAGGAUAUCGAAGUACAUGGACAACGGGCGCAUGGAGGGGAUAAUACAAGGCCCACCCACACAAACAAAACAGGAACCUCAAAGGGUAGGGUCGACGACAUGUUCGGGUAGCGCCUAGGUGCGGAAUCGAUGGGCGUUACGGUGACAAUUAUCAUUCGAAUAUUUGUAUUUAUUUUAAAUUUGUAAUGCAUGUUUUAUCAUUAGUAUAUAUUUCCGUAUAUUUAAUUAUUUAUUAAAUAUUGAACUUUAUAUAAAAUAAUAAAAAAAAAGGAAAAGGACAUAGGCGUCACCUCACAUGGCAACCCUAAAUAGGUCGGCAUUACGGGGCCAUCUGGGAUGGUGCACAAGCUUUAAAAAUAACACUUAGGCGUCAUGAGGAGGGAUACGUGUAGGGCACCCCGCAAACCUGGAUACCCAGGUAACUUUUUCCAAAAUAUGAUUUUUUUUGUAUUUUUUAAAACUUGGUUAUUGGUAUUUUUCCGAAAAUUUAACCCAUACGUCUGCAUUUAUUCUCAUACCCUUACAUUUUAGGAUAUAUGUCAACUUUGUCCUAGUGUAUUUUUAACUAAUUUACUAUUUUACUUUUUAGUUUUUUUUUAAUAUUUAUUUUGUGUAGCGGGAGACUUUGCAAAAGAGUUUUGGUAGUCAAUUUUUUAAAAUAUUUUUAUUUUGUAUACCGGAAGACUUUGCAAAAGAGUUUUAGUAGUCAUUUUUUAACAAUAAUUUUGUAUAUCGACAUACUUUGCAAAAGAGUUCUGGUAGUCUGUUUUUUAAUAUGUUUUAAUUUUUAUUUUUUGUAUCGGAAGACGUUACAAAAGAAUUUUGGUAGUAAGUUUUAACAUUUUAAACUUUUAUUUUAUGUACUGGAAGACUUUGCAAAAGAGUUUUGGUAGUCAUUUUUUAAAAUAUUUUUUAACUUUUGUUUUGUGUAUCGGGUGAUUUUAUAAAAGAAUUUUGGUAGUCAAUUUUUCUUAACAUUGUUUACUUUUAUUUUGUGUACCUGAAGACUGCAAAAGAGUUUCAGGAGUCCAUGUUUUUAACUUUUAAUGUACCGAAAGACUUUGCAAAAGAGUUUCGGUAGUUAGUUUUUUUAACUUUUAUUUUGUGUAUUGGAAGACUUUGCAAACGAGUUCUGAAAUGAAAAAUAAUUUUGCAGGAAAAGUAAAAUAUUAUGACUAAUAUACUAUUUAUAUGAGUAAUUUGGUCAAAAAAAUAUAAUAUAGAAAUAGGAGAAUAAAUGAUGAAGUAUGGAGUAAAAUAUUCGAAGCACAUAUUGUCAUUAACAACUUUAAAAAAGUAACAACAACACAUAGACACUUCCAUAUUGUUAUUAAUUUUAUAUUUUGUUAUUAUAGUUUAUAUUUAAUUUUAUUUUUAUCUUCUAUUCUU